AUGUCGCGGAGGAAGCAGGCGAAGCCUCAGCACUUCCAGUCCGACCCCGAAGUGGCCUCGCUCCCGCGGCGGGAUGGACACGCCGAGAAGGGGCAGCCGCACCCUCGCGCCAAGAGCAAGGACGCCCACGUGUGCGGCCGCUGCUGCGCCGAGUUCUUCGAGCUGUCGGACCUGCUGCUGCACAAGAAGAGCUGCGCCAAGACGCAGCUGGUGCUGAUCGUGCGCGAGGGGCCCCCGUCCCCGGCCGGCGCCUUCCCGCCCCGCCCCCCGCUCGAGCGCCCCGGGGAGCACGCCGAUGACACGCCUGGCAGCGAGGAUCAGCGCGGGGACGGCGGCGGGGAGCCCCCGGAGCCCCGCGGGCCGGGGGCCGGGGACGGGGACGGGGCCGGGGCCAUGGAGGUGGAGGCCCCGGGGGCCACGGGCGGCGAUGGCGACGGUGGCCGUGGCCCAGCCGGCGGCGGCUCCUCCUCCGCGGGUACCUCAGCGAUCACAACCUCUCUACCUCAGCCCGGGGACCUGGCGGCGCUGGGCAGCUUCUCCGCCAUCAACAGCAACGUCGUCAUCGAGAACCUGCGGAGCACCAAGGUGGCCGUGGCCCAGUUCUCCCAGGAGGCGCGGGCCGGGGGCGGGGGGCCCGCGGGGGGCAAGCCGGCCGUGCCCGCGCUCAUGGAGCAGCUGCUGGCCCUGCAGCAGCAGCAGAUCCACCAGCUGCAGCUCAUCGAGCAGAUCCGCCACCAGAUCCUGCUGCUGGCCUCGCAGAGCGCCGGCCCGCCCGCGCCGGCGGGGCCCGCCCAGGGCGCCCCGCGGACCCCCGCCGCCAACCCGCUGUCCACGCUGAGCUCCCACCUGUCCCAGCAGCUGGCGGCCGCCGCCGGCUUGGCGCAGAGCCUGGCCAGCCAGUCGGCCAGCAUCGGCGGCCUGCAGCAGCUGCCCCCGGCCCAGCUACCUCAGAGCCACCCCCUCGCCCCGGCCCACGGCGGCGCGCCUCCCCACGUGAGCCUCCUGGCCACGGCGGUGACCGCCCCGUCGCCGUCGCCGCCGUCCUCCUCCGACAGGGCGGCCCCGGGCGCCUCCCUCGCCGGCAGCCCCGCGGCGGCCUCGGCGGCGGCGGCGGUCGCCUCGCCAGCGUUCGCGAUAAGCAGCCUGUUGAGCCCUGCGUCCAACCCUCUUCUACCUCAGCCGGCCCCCGCCAGCGCGGGCGCCGCCGCCGAGGACCUGGCCCCGCUGGCGGCCCUGGCCCAGCAGCGCAAGAGCAGGCCGCCCGGCGGCGGAGGCCUGGCCGCAGCCUCGGACGAGGCCUUCUUCAAGCACAAGUGCCGCUUCUGCGCCAAGGUCUUCGGCAGCGACAGCGCCCUGCAGAUCCACCUGCGCUCCCACACGGGCGAGCGCCCCUUCAAGUGCAACGUCUGCGGCAACCGCUUCUCCACCAAGGGCAACCUGAAGGUGCACUUCCAGCGGCACAAGGAGAAGUACCCCCACAUCCAGAUGAACCCCUACCCCGUGCCCGAGCACCUGGACAACAUCCCCACCAGCACCGGCAUCCCCUACGGCAUGUCCAUCCCCCCCGAGAAGCCCGUCACCAGCUGGCUGGACACCAAGCCCGUCCUGCCCACCCUCACCACGUCCGUGGGCCUGCCGCUGCCCCCCACCCUCCCCUUCAUCAAGACCGAGGAGCCGGCCCCCAUCCCCAUCAGCCGCGCCUCCGCCAGCCCCCCGGGCUCGGUCAAAAGCGACUCGGGGGCCCCCGAGCCCGCCCCGAGAAACGCGGGGGACCCCCCGGAGGAGGCCGACGGGGCCGCGGGGCCGCCCUCCGGGGGCAGAAGCGAAGAGGGCAGCGCCCUGAGCUCCCCGGCGGCGGCGGCCGCCUCGGACAGCGGCCCGCCCGGCGCCGCCGCGGCCUUCGCCAACCCCCUGCUGCCGCUCAUGUCCGAGCAGUUCAAGGCCAAGUUCCCCUUCGGGGGCCUCCUGGACGCCGCGCCGGCCUCCGAGACGUCCAAGCUGCAGCAGCUGGUGGAGAACAUCGACCGCAAGGCCGCCGACCCCAACGAGUGCGUCAUCUGCCGCCGCGUGCUGAGCUGCCAGAGCGCCCUCAAGAUGCACUACCGCACGCACACCGGCGAGCGGCCCUUCAAGUGCAAGGUCUGCGGGCGCGCCUUCACCACCAAGGGCAACCUCAAGACGCACCACAGCGUGCACCGGGCCGGGCCGCCGCUGCGCGUGCAGCACUCCUGCCCCAUCUGCCAGAAGAAGUUCACCAACGCCGUGGUCCUGCAGCAGCACAUCCGCAUGCACAUGGGCGGCCGCAUCCCCAACACGCCGCUGCCCGACGGCGCCUGCCCCGAGUCCACGGGCUCCGACGCCGGCUCCUUCGACGGGAGGAACUUCGACGACGCCGACGCCUUCUCCGACGAGACCAUGGACGACUGCCCCGAGGGCGGCAUCCCCGGCACGCCGCGCUCGGCGGACGCCUCCCGGGACAGCCUGUCGUCCUCGCCGCUGCCCCCCGAGGUGUCCAGCAUCGCCGCGCUGGAGAACCAGAUGAGGAUGAUCGACGCCGGGCUGGCCGAGCAGCUGCAGGCCAGCCUCAGGGCCGUGGAGGACGGCUCGGUGGAGGGCGGCGACGUCCUCACCAACGACUCGUCCUCCGUGGGGGGCGACGUGGAGAGCCAGAGCGCGGGCAGCCCGGCCGCCUCCGAGUCCGCCUCGUCCAUGCAGGCCCUGUCGCCCGCCAGCGGCGCCCCGGACUUCGGCAAGUCGCCCGGCGCCGAGGAGAAGCCGCCCCGGCCGGGCCCCGGCGAGUUCGCCAACGGCCUGUCCCCGGCCCCCGUCAACGGCGGGGCCCUGGACCUCACGGCGGGCCACGCGGAGAAGAUGGUCAAGGAGGACUCCCUGGGGCUCCUCUUCCCGUUCCGGGACCGGGCCAAGUUCAAGAACACGGCGUGCGACAUUUGCGGCAAGACGUUUGCUUGCCAGAGUGCCUUGGACAUCCACUACCGGAGUCAUACCAAAGAGAGACCCUUCAUUUGCACAGUCUGCAGCCGCGGCUUCUCCACCAAGGGCAACCUGAAGCAGCACAUGCUCACCCACCAGAUGCGCGACCUCCCCUCCCAGCUCUUCGAGCCCAGCCCCGGCCUCGGCCCCGGCCCCGGGCAGAACCCCGCGGCGGGGAUGCCCCCCGCCAACCCCUUGUCCGCGCUCAUCAAGACCGAGGUCAACGGCUUCGUGCACGUCCCUCCUCAGGACAGUAAGGACCCCUCCGCCGGCGGCCACGCGCCCUCCGGGCCCUCGGCCACGUCCCCGGUGCUGCUGCCGGCCCUGCCCCGGCGGACACCCAAGCAGCACUACUGCAACACGUGCGGCAAGACCUUCUCCUCGUCCAGCGCCCUGCAGAUCCACGAGCGGACUCACACCGGCGAGAAGCCCUUCGCGUGCACCAUCUGCGGGAGAGCGUUCACCACGAAAGGCAAUCUGAAGGUCCACAUGGGCACCCACAUGUGGAACAGCACGCCCGCACGGCGGGGCCGGCGGCUCUCCGUGGACGGCCCCAUGACCUUCCUGGGCGGCAACCCCGUCAAGUUCCCCGAGAUGUUCCACAAGGACCUGGCGGCCAGGGCGGGCAGCGGCGACCCCUCCGGCUUCUGGAACCAGUACGCGGCCGCGCUGUCCAACGGGCUGGCCAUGAAGGCCACCGAGAUCUCCGUCAUCCGGAACGGUGGCGUGCCCGCCCUGCCCGGUGGCCUGGGCAGCGGCAGCAGCUCGCCCGUCGGCGGGCUGACGGGCAACCCCGAGAAGCUGCCCAGCUCGGAGCCCAGCGCGCCCCUGGCCGGCCUGGAGAAGAUGGCCGGCAGCGACAACGCCGCCUCCAGCUUCCGCUUCACCCGCUUCCUGGAGGACAGCAAGGAGAUAGUCACCAGUUAG